CUCUGGCAAUCGAUUUUUUAUUGUUGUAAAAAUUAUUGCGCUGAAGGGCGUACUUCUCAUGAAUUCCUUUUCUGAAAACAAAGAUUUUUACUGCAUUUAUUAUGUACGGUUAUUUUUAGCGGGCUUAAGAUUUAAUACAAUAGAAUUAUUUGGCACAAAUUCAAUUUAUCUACUGGGAAAAAUCGGCGGAGUGUUUAAAUUUCUAAGUUUCGCCGGGGAACAUGUGUUCGACCUUGAUAUUGUCUGAUGAUCUUUGCCAUUUCGUAGAUAGUAGCAUGUUGUUAUAAAAAUUAGUUUGUAACUGUAACUAAAUGCAGUAAAUGUACUUGAAGUUGCAAAUUUUUGAGUUCAUUAAGUUGAAACAAAUGUUUCCAACUAAAAUAUAUUUAUAGGACAAUUUAUUUUUGAGGAAUAUUUUCUGAGUCCAAACUAUUUUAUAUCCUUCCAAACUUGUCGGCGGACAUGUGCAAUCCUUCUGUCGACCUUGAGCUGGUGGCGCUUGAAUUAUCGAUUUUCCCCACAAGCCGGCCGCUUUCCAAACUAUUUUCCGUGGCUGUCUGACUCUAGGUCAGAAUGCAAGUAACUCUUAUCAGCACUCGUUGCAUCAUUCUGUGUCAUAACAUUUAUUUAUUUAAAUGUCUGUGCUGUUCAAAGAGUAAUUAAAUCAAAUUCUUGCAAGAAUCUGAUACGGAUAAGAGCGGUGACAUUUCACUAGCCGAUUUUCUGCAUUACGUUCGUGAACAUGAGAAAAAGCUGAGGUUGCAUUUUUCCGACUUGGAUAAAAACAAAGAUGGUAAAAUAGAUUUAGAUGAACUAAUUAAAGCCUUCCAGGAGCUUGGCAUACCAUUAGAUAGAAACGAAGCGACGAAAUUGUUACAGAGAAUGGAUCAGGAUGGUAGUUUGAACAUUAGCUUCGACGAAUGGCGAGACUUUCUGUUGCUUGCGCCCAGUACGGACAUUCACCAACUUAUUUAUUAUUGGCGUCAUUCAACGUACUUGGAUAUCGGUGAGGAUAUGAACGUCCCGGAUGACUUCACACAGAAAGAAAUGCAAACUGGCAUGUGGUGGCGACAUUUGGCUGCUGGUGGCAUCGCUGGCGCUGUUUCCCGAACCUGUACCGCACCACUAGAUAGGCUUAAAGUGUUUUUACAAGUACAAUCCUCAAAGCAAUCGAUAAAGAAUUGUUUCACAAGUAUGGUGACGGAAGGGGGCGUUCAAGGACUUUGGCGAGGCAAUGGCAUCAACGUGCUGAAAAUUGCUCCCGAGUCGGCGAUAAAGUUUGCCGCCUAUGAGCAGGUGAAACGAUCCAUCAAGGGAGACUCAAAACAGGCUCUGACGAUAUACGAGCGGUUCUUUGCCGGCGCAAUGGCGGGCGGCAUCAGUCAGACUGCGAUAUAUCCUUUGGAGGUGCUGAAGACGCGGCUGGCGCUGCGUAAAACUGGUCAGUUUAAAGGCAUUGCUGAUGCAGCGUUCAAAAUUUACAGUAAAGAGGGAUUGCUGAGUUUCUAUCGUGGAUACAUACCAAAUAUUUUGGGUAUUAUACCGUAUGCGGGUAUUGAUUUAGCGGUGUAUGAAACACUUAAGAAAAAAUAUCUUCAAAAGCAUUGCAACUGCAACGAACAACCGAGUUUUUAUUUGUUGUUGGCUUGCGGCAGCGCUUCCAGUACAUUAGGGCAGAUGUGUUCUUAUCCACUUGCAUUAGUGCGAACCCGAUUGCAAGCCCAAGCAAUAAUGGAUAUGCCUGUAGAUAGAAGUAGUAAUUCCAUGACAGGAGUUUUUAAGAACAUUCUACAGAAAGAAGGUUUCGUUGGACUCUACCGUGGCAUCACGCCCAACUUUAUUAAGGUGAUGCCAGCCGUCAGCAUAAGUUACGUGGUGUACGAAUAUUCUAGCCGCAUACUGGGGGUCAAUAUGACAUGAUGCAGGGAAAGCGUAGGACGAACAAUUGUUAUUUAUGUAAAUGAAAUCUACCACUUCACUCCAAUGAAUAACGCGGCACCACCACCGGCCAACAUGACAAGCGAUGCGGCCUCCCUGACGACCAGCAUCUCCAUUGUUGCAUCAACAAUGACGCUGCUGUCGCGUUGCCCCAGCUCUCGAACGACGGUCGAGGCGGUAACGCUGUUUAGCGUCGGCUUAAGCGAUCCUAAGAUUCUGCUCUUCUUACAAUGUCUCUUGCUAUCGAUUGCAAUUUCUCUUAAAACUCUCUAAUAUUGUUUUCUUCGGCAGUAAGAACCUAAACGGUAAAUUGCAUUUUUAAGUUUUAACUAGUAUCAUCAAACUCGCGUUCAACAUUCACAACACCACAGCAUACUCGACAUCAUUUAGGCAAUUUAUUUAUUUUUAAGUUAUUGUACGCUAUAUUUUAAAUAUAAAUGCUGAAAAACUAAAACAAUAAUGAAGACAUUAUCUAGGUGUGAAGCAGGCGGUACCCGUCGGCGCUCAAAACGGCAAAGUUGCCAUUGGUGUUGUUUAAUAUCGUUGCGUUACUAAAUUUUAACUCGACUUAACUGACAAAUUUUAACUAUGUAUCACGUUGUGCAAAACUUCAAUUCUAUAGAUACGAAUUACAAAAGAAGAAACAUUAAUUAAAUGUUGUUGACAUAAAACAAAGAUAUAAUAACGUAAGCGGAAUGAGUGUUGAUGAUAAAUUCUUUUGAAAAGAAAUCAUAACGCAAACUUAAGUAAUGUUGACGACACCAAAGAUUCCUCUCGUUAGGUGAAUUAACAUGUACAUUAUUGUUUAUACCUUUAACUUUAUAGUUUUGUUGUAUUUUUAUACCAAUUUACCAAGUUUCUUGUGAAGUUUUCGCGAUGAGCAUGAGUUAACGGAAUUGUUAUGCCAUUUUAAUGGGGUUCGUAAUGCGGAAUAUUAAAAAAAUAAUAAUAAAGCGAGAAUGCAAAUUGAAUGUGAUGUACUUAAGUAGUAACUUUUUUUAAUAUAUCUCAAAUGUAUUUAUUGUUUAACUGGCAUUUUUUAUUUAUUUUAUUUAUUGUAUUAAGUUUCGAUAGCGAGUGAGGAAUACUGCAAGUGGUUGUUAUUGAUGAUUGAUUAGGCUGUGGGCAAACAGGGUGUUUUAACAAAUAGUGGCGAAUGAAAGACUAACGGAUUCGUGUGUAAUGAAAGAUCUUAUGAUAUACAACUUGUACUCGUGCGUGCUGAAAUACAUUCAAUCAUACACGAGUACAGAUAUUUUUAAAAUUAUACACAUUUGUAUUUAUAGUUGUGACAUUUAUUUAGACUCUGGAUUAGUCAAAUUGUAGAAAAUAGAUUUAUUUUUCGUUUGGGUGAUACAAAAAUUAUAUUAAUUAUUUUAUUUAGAGACUAGUAUACCAAUGGUGCUGUUAUAAACGUUGCUAUUUGUUAAAACCCCAUGAUUUGUGAACAAGCUAACGAUUAAGCAACGUUUUUGCCUGUAAAAACAUUCGACUUAAUCGAUGGAAAUGUAAGCGAUGCACGAGGAUGAAAUUCCAUAAACUUAACCGUAAUAAAUUUUGUGCAAACUACUCAAGUUAUAUUAACUCUGCGGCGGAUUGAUCUAAAAUCCAGAAAAGUUUGCCUUGUUUGGGCUGUACGAUUGCUGCGGGAAGUGGUUCUUUGUCCUUUAAAAUUCUCUAAACAAAUAAAUAAAUUAUUCAAA